AUGGCGCAAAGAGCUCAGCAGAUCGCUUCGCAUCUCAACUACCCCUCGGGCCUCCUGGCCGGACAGGUCGCCAUUAUCACAGGUAGCGGCCAGGGCAUCGGGGCCGAGUGUGCGCGGCUGUUCGCCAACGAGGGCGCCAAGGUGGUGGUGUGCGACGUUGACGCGGCCAAGGGCGAGGCGGUGGCCAAGUCCAUCAACGACGCCACGCCCGGUAACAAACGCGCCAUCGCGGUGCCCGGCGACGUCACCGACCCCAACUACUUCCCCGUGCUGGUCUCCAAGGCGGCCGAGUUCGGCAACGGCAAGAUCCACAUCAUCGUCAACAACGCCGGCUACACCUGGGACGGCGUGAUCCACAAGAUCACCGACAAGCAGUGGGACACCAUCAUCAACGUGCACAACACCGCCCCCUUCCGGCUGAUCAGGCAGGCCGCCCCCUACUUCCGCGUCAAGGACGGCGACAAGAGAGUCAUCAUCAACAUCUCCAGCACGUCCGGCACCCACGGCAAUGCGGGCCAGGCGAACUACAGUCUGGCAAAGGCCGGUGUCACUGGCCUGACCAAGACGAUCGCAAAGGAGUGGGGACCGCAGUUCGGCGUCCGCGCCAACACCAUCGCUUUCGGCUAUAUCGACACACGGUUGACCCGUGCCAAGGAAAUCGGAGCCUUCAUCACCACCGCCGACGGCCAGCGUGUCGCGUUGGGCAUUCCGGGCAAGCAGAUUGCGGACCGAAAAGGAGGAGAAGACCCGGCCGCGGCCUACAGGGACAUCCCGCUGGGGAGACCCGGCACAGCGACCGAGGCCGCCAGUUCUAUCUUGGCCGUGUGCUCCCCACUGUUCAGCUACGUCAACGGACAGACCAUCGAAGUGACUGGCGGUCGCAACAUGUAA